GGCGACCUUAGUGUUCUGAGUGUGUUCUGUUGUUAGCAGAAGACUAGCUGAAGGGAAAGCGAGCGUUUGACAGGGCAGAUGUUGGACCAGAGAUGACUACGGGGUGCUGGAAUAAUCACUAAGAAAGUUGCAACUAGAAGUAGUUAUGACAAAGAAAAGAGUCGUAUACUUUUACGAUGAGGACGUCGGUAAUUUUCACUAUGGACCUGGCCAUCCUAUGAAGCCCCACAGAUUGACACUCACACACAACUUGGUGUUCAACUAUGGCUUGCACAAGAAGAUGGAGGUGUACAAGCCAUACAGAGCCACAAACCAUGACAUGAGUCGGUUUCAUUCAAGCGACUACAUUGACUUUCUAUCAAGGGUGACAAUACAAAAUAACCCUAACCUAUCAAAGAGCAUGAGUGACUUCAAUGUUGGAGAGGACUGCCCUGUGUUUCCAGGAUUGUUUGAUUUCUGCUCGAUAUACACGGGUGCAUCGCUGGAGGGGGCUGUUCGGCUGAACCAGGGGAUUUGUGACAUUGCCAUCAACUGGGCCGGUGGGUUACAUCAUGCCAAAAAGUGUGAGGCAUCAGGGUUUUGCUAUGUGAAUGACAUAGUUGUUGCAAUCCUUGAGCUUCUCAAGUAUCAUAACCGAGUGCUGUACGUUGAUAUUGACAUUCACCAUGGCGACGGUGUACAGGAAGCAUUUUACCUGACUGAUCGUGUCAUGACUGUCUCAUUUCAUAAGUAUGGCAACCACUUCUUUCCUGGUACAGGUGACAUGUAUGAGGUUGGUGUUGACAAUGGAAGACUGUAUUCUGUCAAUGUUCCCUUGAGAGAUGGAAUUGAUGAUCAAAAUUAUGCCAGUUUAUUCAAACCUGUUAUAAACAUGGUGAUUGAUCAUUAUCAACCAACAUGCAUAGUGCUACAGUGUGGUGCAGAUUCUCUAGGCUGUGAUAGAUUGGGUUGCUUCAAUCUCAGUACAAAAGGACAUGGGGAGUGUGUUCGAUUCAUGAAGACCUUCAAUCUCCCCAUGCUGGUGUUAGGUGGGGGUGGUUACACCAUCAGGAAUGUAGCAAGAUGCUGGGCAUAUGAGACAUCACUCUUGGUUGACCAGCAAGUUUCCACAGAGAUCCCAUAUAAUGAUUACCUGGAAUAUUUUGGUCCAGAUUUCUCUCUUCAUCCAGACAUUGCAUCAAGAAUAGAAAAUCAGAAUACCAAACAAUACCUGGACCAGAUUCGCCAGACUGUGUCUGAAAACCUCAAGAACCUGAAUGGUGCACCAAGUGUCCAGAUGCAGCAUGUUCCCCCUGACCUGCUUUGCCUGGAAGCCAACGAGGACCAGAUGGAUGCAGAUGGCAGACAGACUGACGACGAGACCAAGCUGGCCGAUAACGAGUACUUCGAUGGUGAGCAGGAUGUUGACAGAGACGAGGCUUAUCUCGACGUGUGACGAUCACAAGGUCCGAGCUGGUGUCUCAGGUCACACAGUGGAUAGAGAUAGAAGGAGAGCGAGAAGGGUAGAGGGUGGAAAAACAGAUGAAGAGGAGGAGUAGGAGGAAGAGACAAAGAAGAAGGAAAAUAAAGGCGAACCAGAAGGGUAAAGGGUUUAUAAACAAUUGAAGAGGGAGGACAAACAAAUGAAGAUUUACGUGACGAAAUCUGAAGGCAAAGACAGACAAGAGAUGAUCGGGCGUUUUAUAGAAAGGGGGAAAGAAGAGACAAUAACACAAACGAGUGUCUGCCAGAUGGCGCGUCGUCUGUUUUUAGUCAAUCUAUGAAAUGUACAUUACACCAAACCUAUUUAUUGCAGACGUUACUGUACAUAAACAAAUGUGGUGGGAAAAAUGAUUUUGAUGCUUUUAUGGCAA